GAAAUUCAGCGUUUUAUUUGACUUUUGGGGUGAAAUCGAAAGAUUUGGUGAAAUUUACCUAUCCUUUCAGACGUUUUGUUAUGACUCGAGUGGUGAUCCUCUCGCAGUCAUGGAUGGAAAGGAACAUAUCAUAUAUUUAAUUGAUUCAUCAUUCAUAAACGUUAACCGCGUUAGAAUAAACGCAGUGAAACUUCAUUGUCGUCCAGCAGCACACAAUAAACGCAGCGAAACUUCAUUUGUCGUCCGCUACAACACCGCUCUUCAAACACGUGCUGCUCCCUCCAGCGGCAAAGAGACGCAAUGACAUCUGUGUGUACAAGGUUAAUGAUUUAACCUGUUGCUCGGGGGUAUUUGAAGCGUGUGCUGAAGGUAUGCCAGCAGAUCUUCUGUUCGAGCAUGGGUGAAUGUAGACAGCGCAAUGACUCGCUGAGUAAUAAUGACACAGACGAGGUCAGUGUGCUCUGUCAUAAAGUUAACGGUGUUGACGCCGGGGAGGACAUUGAGUUACAGAAUCGUCCAGAAGUGGCGAGGAUCGGCGAGGUAGCGGAUGCUGACACAGGCGGCAUCGGUGGCUGGUUCCACCGGCUCCGCGCGCUGGUGUGCUGCUGGAAGAGAAGCGAUGAUAAUGAUGACGACUACGAUGACGGUGAGCAGGACGAGGCUCAGAAAGAGAAGGCAGCGUGUCCAGGCCUCGGCCUCCUGUACAGUUUGUUAGCAUCCGUCUUUUUCUCCGUUGCCGCUCUUCUCGUGAAGAAGAUCGAUGACAUGCAUGCCAUCCAGAUCAGUGCCAUCCGAUGCUUCUUCCAGAUGCUGUUUGUCAUGCCAGCUAUGAUUUAUUACAAAAUUGGCUUUAUCGGUCCAAGAGACAUGCGAAUCUACCUGUUCCUCAGAGGCUUCCUCGGAUCCAACGCCAUGAUCUUGUUGUAUUAUGCAGUUCUGCAGAUGCCGCUAGCCGACGCCACGGUUAUAAUGUUCAGCAAUCCCGUCUUCACGGCCUUGCUGGCCUGGAUAUUCCUCAAAGAAAGGUGCACGAUAUGGGACGUCGUAUUUACCGUGUUUACUCUCACCGGCGUCAUACUGAUAGCGAGACCUCCCUUCCUCUUCGGUGCCAGGGUGUCCGGGAUCGAAGGAGAAUACACCAAUCACAUCAAAGGCACGGUCGCUGCGCUCGCGGGGGCCGUCGGCGCGGCCUGCACCAUGGUGAUUCUCAGAAAAAUGGGGAAAAGUGUUCAUUACUACCUCUCCGUGUGGUAUUACGCUGUCGUGGGACUCAUCGAGUGCGUGGUCGUUCUGUUCAUCUUGGAUGACUGGAGGAUGCCGGAGUGCGGCUGGGACAGGUGGACACUCAUGGCCAUCGGGGUGCUCGGCAUUGCCGGCCAGACGUUCCUCACCAAAGCCCUGCAGAUCGAGAAAGCGGGCCCAGUGGCGCUGAUGAGGACGAUGGAUGUGGUGCUGGCCUUCAUCCUCCAGUUCCUGUUUCUCAAUCGCAAACCCACCUGGUGGAGUCUGGGCGGGGCCUUGUGCGUGACCGUUAGCACUAGCGGUGUGGCCGUGAGGAAGUGGUUUACCAGCACCAGACGACAGCGCUGAUGGUCACAGAUGUUUGUUACGGAUACCUGCUGCAUUCUAUCCCAAAGAAGCUCUUUAUACUUUCAUCAUUUACUGCAUAUAUAUAUGUUUUUGUAGUUUCUCAAAGUAGAUAUUCUUUCUUUAAAUGAGGGCUGUUAUUCAGAAACUGUACAAAUCUAUUUUCAGGCGACGAGUCUUUUACUACAAUAAGAUUUUUUAAGUACAGAAUAUAUUAUAAAGAAAACUGCUGGCCAGGAGUUUGAAGAGUGUGUAAAAUGUAAGAGAAUUUCUUGAUACAAACAUCUUUGCACUUUGUCUUUGACAGUGCACUGUAACUCAUAUACACCUUUUUUGGGUAGUUGACAGACUAAUAUGCAAAUGUGUAGGCUACUAUGGUGUGACGACAAAAAUUUGGAAAAAAACAUAAGGAAGAUAAAUCUCUCUUAUGCUAUUUUAUAUGAUAAAUAUGAAUAAUAUAAAAUGAUGUUUGAUUUCAAAAUUUUGCUGUCACGCCAUAGGACACAUGUAUGAUUUAUUCGUACAAAUACCUUUAAAAGCAAUAUAUACCUGCUCAAAUCAAAGUUACAAGUUAAUUUGAGUCAGAGGAAUAUAUUAUUCUUGACACAUGAUAUGCAUCAAUAUCAGUUCAUCUAUGAACUGUGCCCUCGUGUACCUUAGACGCACGCGCACAUUUUACUGUGCAAAUAUUUGCUCUAAUUUAUUUAUUUAUUUAUGAGACAUGAAUGUCCGACCAUAGUGAGAUUUAUAACAAGACCACAUGACUGUUCUUGUGCAGUUUAGUAACUAAACUGCUGUGAUUUACUGACUGGUUAUUGAACUGAAUCUCAUUGUUUUUCCUUUGCAUUUAUUUAAUAUGUUAUAUUUGCACUUGUUUGUGUAAACUAAACUCGGAGCACUUAACAUUGUGUCAUUGUAUAUGUCACUUACGCAGAAUGCUGUACUGAUGCUGGAGCAGUAUAGUAACGAAAAUGCUGCCUUAAUCCAUUCAUCUGAUCACAAAUCUGUGUAACAUGAUUAUUUAUUGUGAUUAUUGUCACACAGUUUGAAUAAUGCCUGUUAUACACUUCACCUGUUAAACUUUCAUUUGAACCUUAGUUGAAAUAAAUGAAAGUCUUUUUCAUUUUAAGAGCUACAAACUUUACAUUUCUUCCACCUGCAAUGUCAUGUGAUUUAAAUCUGUUAAAGACGGAUUAGAGUUGCAUUCUUGAGGGUUUCGCUCUUUUUCUCUCUUUGCUUUGAUUGUAGGUACUGUAUUUUUAGCACUGUCCCAUAUAUAUCACAUUCGUUAUGCAUUUUCUGUACUGUAUGUUCAGUGAAGUGCUGUAGACAACAUAAUUAAACAUGUAAUUCAAUAAAUACUCUGUGGCAGCUGGUUCACGUUUAUCUUCUGAAAACAUUGAGCUGUUUUGACUGUUACAGAAUGAUCUUGCACUGCUUGGAAAGUAAAAUAUGACUCACCACAUGUUUCUUAAUGCAUCACUAAUGUAAUAUAUAUAUUCAGAAAAAAACAGUGGCUGUUUUUACAUUUCAGAAUAAUAGUGAAGUCAGUCAAAUUAAAUUAUUUUUGACCCAAAAAUACUGAAUAAAAAAAUU